AUGAGUGCUUCUCUUCUCCUGGUCCUCCUCCUCCUGUUGUCGUUGUGUGACCCCGUUUGGUCCUCUGGGCACAAUGACAACAGCAACAACAGCAAUAAUAAUAUUGUGGUCCUGACCGAUCAUUUGGCUCUGCAAGUGAUUUCUCCCGCCAUCAUUCGGGUGUUUCGAUGUGUCCAUUGUUCUGAAAAAAAUAUCUCGCAAGCACUCUUGCAACGUUCGAGUUUGGUGGUGGUGUCCCAACAAGAGAGCAUCGCUGAGACCACCUUUUCCGUCGACAAGUCGGAGAAUGGCAACACCCAAGUGACCACGGGUCGUUUGAUCGUCGAGACAGUUGGUGCGAAAGGAGAACAGGUGUUGGAAUUUCGAGAUCGCCCUAGCAACAAGGUCCUGGUUCUAGAGGGCAGGUCCUUGGCGGAUACUACCGAUGCGGGCAUCUUCCAGGUUGGACAAGAAUGGGAACUCGCCACACAAGAAGGAGAAGCCAUUUACGGAGGAGGUCAAUUUGUCAAUGGAGAACUGAAUUACCGAUCGGCUCCCAUUCAGCUCAAGCAAUUCAAUACCGAAGCUGUCGUGCCGUUUCUUCUUUCCAGCAAUCACUAUGGCAUUUUGUGGGAUCAGUAUGGGGAAGGAUUCUUGAAUGCCCCACAAGACACCAUUGCUCUCGUCCACACAAACAACACAAACACCUAUACAUCUUCAUUUGUUCCACCCGCACAGGGGGAUUACUGGUUUUCUCUAAGUGCCUGCCCCAACAAGUUUGGAUGUCCCGGGGCUGUUUCCAUGCAGCUCAAUACUACAACAACUAGUAGCAGUACCACCAGCGAUUACACCUGGAACUGUGGCUACGCCAUUGCCAACAUGCCCAACAGCAUUGCCUGUCGCGCCAAAGGAUUGGUACAGGGUCAAACCUACCACGUCACUGUGACAACCACGGGAAAUACUCCACCCUUCUUGUCCUACAGGAACAUUGCCACACACAACACACUCGUCAUUCAGACCAAAGCAUCCUUUGUGGCCGACUAUUACUUUGUGGGCAACACUCCGCCGUCGUCCCAAGAUGAUGAUGAUGAUGAUACGAGAACUCUGGACGGCGUCAUUGCCAACUACCGACAGUUGACCGGAACGGCCUACCUGUACGACAAAUGGGUCUACGGAUUCUGGCAAUGCAAGGAACAUUACCACAAUCAAACCGAAUUGAUGGCAGCCGCCACCAGAUUUCGUAACGAACAUAUUCCCGUCGAUGCCUUUGUCCAGGACUGGCGGUAUUGGGGGGAUUUGGGGUGGGGACCGCACUGGGAUCACAAAAUCUAUCCCGAUCCAAAAGGCAUGAUUCAACAAUUGCACGCCUCCAACAUUCAUUUCAUGAUUUCCGAUUGGUCCAUGUUCGACCCCAAAACGCCGGAAUACAAGGCACUCCACGACGCCGGAGCCAUGUUGCCCGAUGGAUCUCAUUUCAUGGAUCCCUGGAAUCCACAAACGCGGGACAUGUUUAUGGAAUUUGCCGACAAGGCAUUCUUUUCGAUCGGGGCCGAUGCGUUGUGGCUGGAUGCCACCGAACCCGAAGGAUCAGAUCAAAUUGGCAAACAGAUUCAUUUGGGAUCGGGAGAUGAAUAUGCCAAUACGUACUCGCUCAUGGUGGCCAAGAGUAUUCACGACGGCCUCACUGCUUCAGCCGACAACAACAAUAAGCGCCGCGUCUUUUCUCUGACGCGCAGUUCCUUUGCCGGACAACAACGGUACGGCGCUACCUUGUGGAGUGGCGAUACCAGUGGCUCGUGGGAUUCCCUUCGGCGACAAAUCGCCAUGUCCACCAAUUAUCAGCUCUCCGGGAUACCCUACUGGAGCAUGGAUACCGGAGGUUUCUUUCGCCCUCCCGAUCAGUACACUAGCCUAGACUAUCAUCAUUUGUUGAUUCGAUGGUUCCAGUUCUCCGUGUUUACACCCAUCUUUCGGGUGCACGGGAGUGGGACAGAUACCGAGCUGUGGAACUUUGGAGCCACCGUCCAAGCCACGAUUGUGGAUACCGCCAUUCGAUUUCGGUACCGGCUGCUAGAGUACAUUUACGCGGGCUUUCAUCGCGUGGAAACCGAGCAUUACACCAUGCAGCGAGGGCUGGUACUGGACUUUUGGCAGGAUUCUGCGGUACUGGACAUACCGGAUCAAUACAUGUUUGGAUACUCCUUCUUGGUGGCACCAAUCUACUCGCCAGAUGGUAGUCGGACCGUGUAUCUUCCAAAGUUGCAGGAAGGUGGAAUGUGGCAUUGCUUUUUCUCUGGGAAGCAAAUUGCUGGCGGCUCGACUGUCCCGUUUACAAACAUGACAAUGGAUCAUAUCCCGGUGUUUGUCCGACCCAGCAUUGUUGUCCUUGGCCCUGACGGACGAGAGCAUGUGAAUGACCAUGUUGGAUCUGACCCCUUCCGGUUGGAAGUUCGAGUGUAUGGUGGGGCAAAUUCGAAGUUUGUACUGUUUGAAGAUGACGGUACAUCCAGUGACCCAAAUCGACCGUCAACCUCGGUUUCAUUUUCCUGGGAUGAGAGCUCUUCAACCCUACUCGUUAGUGACCGAACAGGGACUCCCUUUCCGGGAAUGCCAGCAAAAAGGUCAAUUGACGUUGUCCUGGUUCGUCCUGGUAUUGGAAUUGGCAUAGCCCCCACCAGUCAGCCCGAUGCUUCCGUGGUAUACGAUGGGUCUGCAAUCAAGGUCAAACUUGGCACUUCUGCUACUGCUGAGUAA